CUCCAUCGCGGCUGCCGGUAGACUGUUGACACGCUGCUGCACAUUUUCCAAGGAUUAAGGCACUUGAGAAGACUUGCUGGUGACACUUAGUCAUCACCAGCAGCCAUUGCUUGUUAAAGCUAAAGCAAAGACGUUAGAAAACGCGUGAAAUAAUCACCCAACAAACGCCCAACAACUCUACUUCUCGACAAUGACUGACAUGAUUUUGCAUGGCAUGGGCUCAACUCCCAGUGCGGAUUUGGUAGGCUCGAUUCUUGGCGUGGAUGGAGAGGACAAUGACUUCAAGCAGCAACGGUCGACUCUUCGUAGUCGAAACGCCGUGCAUUCCAAGCCUCUUGAAGAUUCGGCUGCCAAGGAGCCACCUAUGCAAAUCGUUUGGCGGAACGUCCUUAUUUUCAUCUAUCUCCAUGCCGCUGCUUUGUAUGGAGGUUAUCUCUGCUUCACGGUCGCCAAACCCUCAACUCUAGCUUGGUCCUUCUUCUUGUUUCUGUUUGGCGGAUUCGGAAUUACGGGCGGAGCACAUAGAUUGUGGGCUCAUCGUUGUUACAAAGCGAAAUUGCCACUUCGUAUCUUUGCUGCCGUUGCACAAACCAUUGCUGUCCAGAACGAUAUUUAUGAAUGGAGCAGAGAUCACCGUGUCCAUCACAAGUUUAGCGAAACUGAUGCUGAUCCUCAUAACGCCCGCCGUGGUUUCUUUUUUGCUCACGUUGGUUGGCUGUUGUGCAAGAAGCACCCCGAAGUGAAACGCCGUGGAAAGACUGUUGACGUCAGCGAUCUUUUGCAAGACCCCGUUGUAGUCUUUCAACGCAAGUUCUACAUUCCAUUGGUCUUGACUCUUUGCUUCGCUCUGCCAGCACUUAUCCCAUGGUACUAUUGGGGCGAGUCCUUCAAAACGGCUUUCUUCGUGGCUUCCAUCUUCCGCUACGUUUUCACGCUUAACGUCACAUGGCUAGUUAAUAGUGCUGCCCACAUUUGGGGUAACCAUCCUUAUGACAAAGAAAUCAAUCCUGCUGAAAAUCGAAUGGUUGCCUUCCUUACUUCUGGGGAAGGAUGGCACAACUAUCAUCACGUGUUUCCCUGGGACUAUAAAGCAGCUGAAUUGGGAAACUACAGCAUGAACAUGACAACAGCUGCCAUUGAUUUCUUCUCUUGGCUUGGUUUAGCUUACGACCUGAAAAGUGUACCACAAAGAAUAAUUCGCAGCCGUGUGAAUCGAACAGGAGAUGGCUCUCAUCCAUUCUCCUUAGAAGAUAGUCAGUACACAGCUGAAGACAUUAAAGAAGAGGAGCAAUUUUGUGAAAUUAUUCCAGAAGACAAGAAGAACUAGUGAGAAUAUUGUCCGUUUUUAAAUUGAUCGGCGCUCGGUUGUUUGUUCUUGGUAGGUGCUUUUGGCCUACUUUUGCAACGGUGGAGAAUUCAGGGCAUGUUUGACUAGCUCUCUUAAAGUUUGUUUAGAAAUGUUGCUUCUUACCUUCAACGGGAACUAAAGCUGUACUGCUCAAAGGUCUAAACAAAAGAUACAAAAAAUGUCCAUCGAUUGGAAUAUAACUUUUUUUAAAUUGUAUUUGCUCUAGAAGAAAAAAAAACUCAACUGUUUGUAUGUCACAAGUUUUAUUUCCAAAAUAGAUCGCAGACCUUAUUCAUAGCUCCCUUUUUUCAUAACAUUUCAAAGUAGAAAUUUUCUGUAAAAUUUAAAAAAAAAAAUAUCAUAUUGCGUUUGCACAUUUUCCUUCUCUAUUUCCCAUCUCUCACCAAAUUUAUAUGAUAGAAUGCUCGUUUGUCAUGGUUAUGCAAAUCCGUGGAGUGAAUCGGUGAACACAAGACAAUACAGUUAAUUUCAAUUCA